GAGUUUCCACGAGAGCUCAAAUUGGCGCAGAUCUCUGCCAAUGGAACCUUACCCCUUAGCUACGCAACCGCAAAUAACCCAGUGGCUGGUUUAACCCCGCUCGGGCUCACGGCCAGUCCACUGGCCUAUAGUCUACGUGUGGAAGAGGUGCCGCUCAACGAGCUUAAUUUGGGGCCCGACGAAUGUGUAAUCCAUGUUGCUCAUUUUGACAAGGAUAUUCAUUCGACUUUCGGCGUUCCCUUUACGGUUUUUUUGCAUGACAAAGAGCCUUACAGCGUUCUACGAGAACGUAUCCGCAAGCGUCUGGAGGUGCCAGAGAAAGAAUUUGAGCGCUGGGGCCUGGUGAUUUUCUUUCAAACCGGUGGAAUUAAUUUGCCGAUGGAUGAUCAUCUUGAAGUGCCGAUCGACAUGUUUUCAAAGUCUUCACGCCGGGCAUGGAUCGGAAUUGAUCAUAAGCCCUCUAAGCGGCCUCGAUAUGCGCCUAGCGAGAAACCAAUAAAAAUUCACAACUGA